UCGGGCGUCGAGCGCCACCGAUGAUCUGUGUCUGCGUAUUUCUUCCCACCGCUUGCUGCAACUUUGCGCCAUCACGCAUUCCAUGAUAUUUUCAUUGGGUCGCCCAACUCCAGCGCCCCAUACUCCCUGGCUAUCACUCUGGCGUCUCUGGCCGAACAUAUCCAGUACAAUCUUCUCUUCCUCUUCUCUUCCGCUGCUCCCCGUCCCUAUGCUGCUAGAGCUGGUCUCCUCGAGGCACUCCAUGCUAAUAUGAUAAACCCCAGGCAUUUGGCUGGCUUGAACGCCGCGCGACAAUUCGCCAUGUCGUCCAACGCCACAAAUUCCGACCUUUCCACACCGGAAUCAACCUCGAACUCGCCGCCCGAGGCGACGAGUUCCGACCCUCCUCCGUCGGACACGCCCACUACGAGUUCUACUACUGAACAGACAUCCUCCACGCCGCCGCCGCCACCACCGACAUCGACAUCGACUACGUCGGAACAAACCCCGACUUCUACUAGUUCUUCCAUAACCUCUACCAGCACGGUGCCCCCUCCUCCCACGUCAACUAGUGCCAGUACCACUUCAGAGACGCCACCCCCUCCACCUUCGACUUCCAGUACUGUCUUUACUACAACGAUACCGACCACGUCGGAAAAUGGGAGUACUGCAUUUGUCACGGUUACGUCGACCCAGCUGGCGACCAGUACUCCACCAGCAGACUCCCCACAGACCUCGACCGACUCCACUGAUGCUCUCCUAAAGUCGGAUCCUAACAAUUCCUCGUCGUUGGCCGAGCCGGCCAAGAUUGCUGUUGCUGUCGUCGUCCCUGUUGUCGCUGUGGCCUUGCUGGUCCUUGCGGGCAUCUUCUUCUGGAGGAGGCGCAAGCAACGUAAGGAUGCGGCAGAAGAGAGGAGAAAAGAGGUGGAAGAUUACAGUUACAACCCGAACGACCCGACCCUCCCUGAUCUGGGUGGUGCCGGUGGCGCCGCCGGGGCCUACGAGAUGAAAGAAGACGGAACUUCAGGUUAUCGUGGAUGGGGCUCGACCACGCUCGGUUCCACCGGAAGGAAAGCAUCAACGACGAUGUCGGGUGGCGCAGCAGGUGUGGCUUACUCAGACGCAACAUCGCCGACGGGAGCAAACUUUUCUGACGCAAGAUCAGGAGACGGGCUAAUCGAUGGCUCGCAUUCGCCAGAGGGCGAGAUACUCGGCGCCAUGGGCAACGAUAGUAAUAAUCGCGGUAACGGUAACGUGCACCGCGAGCCGUCCAACGCCUCGUCAACGUACAGCGCCGCUGGGCGUUCCGAUGGCUCCGGAGACAGGGACAACGGCAGCCCCUACUCGGCUGGCCAGACCUACCUCGACCAGUACGGCGGCAAUAACCCGUAUAGCGACGGUGCUUACGACCGACAGCGUCCGGGCGAGACGGGGGCCCAGCCUGUCAUUCGCGACAACCCAGCUCGGCGCAACACCCGGAUCGAAAACUCAUCUCACUACCCUCAGCAAAGUGCAGGCAUCUCGCAGAACUUCUAAACUGGCUCCUCACUGCAGCCAGA